UAGUCUAACUGGAACAGAAGUCUCAACACUUGGAGUCAGACACGAUCGGGGAAUGGACUUGCUAGACUCCCUCUCGUUGUGAACAACAGGACACUAAAACACAUUUAGACUGAAAAACUCCUCAGAAAAAGCAAGAUGCCCGCGAACCAGACUCGAUCCAGGGUGAGGGAGCGUAACAACGUGCUGAACCGACCGGAGUUCAUGUCCCUAAACCAGCCUUUAAAGAACGCUAGCGCUGAAGCGCGCGGCGGCGGCGCGCGGAGGAUGUCGCAGAGACCACAACCAUGCCAACGCCAGCAGAGCGAGAACGCACAGCAAGAGCCCACCGAUAAUAAUAAAAAGGAGUUGCCAGAAGAAGACUGCAUGCAACUGAACCCAUCGUUUAAAGGAAUUGCUAUGAACUCCCUUCUGGCCAUAGAUAUCUGCAUGUCCAAGAGGUUCGGCGUGUGCGCGCACAAGACGUCGUCGUGGGGGAGCGUGCGCUCUAUGGUCAAUCUGCUCGCGCUCACCGGCCAUGCCAUUCCGUGGAUUUUUGGUACAAUUGUGUGUCUCACGAGGAGCAACACACUGGCGGGUCAAGAGGUUUUGGUCAAUUUGCUUUUAGCUCUUUUACUGGAUUUGAUGACUGUAGCAGGCAUGCAGAAGCUAGUGAAGCGCAAAGGGCCCUGGGAAAUGGCACCCAGUUUCCUUGACUACCUGGCCAUGGACAUGUAUUCUUUCCCAGCAGCCCAUGCAAGCAGAGCAGCCAUGGUAUCAAAAUUUCUGUUAGCACACUUGGUGCUUGCAGUUCCUCUGCGUAUUUUGCUGGUGCUUUGGGGGGUCCUGGUCGGUACAUCUCGUGUGCUGCUGGGUCGACAUCAUCUGUCAGAUGUUGGAUGUGGCUUUGCGUUGGGAUUCCUCCAUUACAGUUUAGUGGAGAUGGUGUGGUUGUCUUCUAGCACUUGCCAGACUAUUAUCUCCAUAGGUACAUUCAACUGGAGCCCCUUUUACUGACCUUUGCGUGUCAUCUAAUACAUUUUCAAUGUCUUUGCAUCUUUUAUCUGUUAAGUGCCCUCCACCUAAAUUGAAAAAAGAAAAACAUCAGCAGCAUUAUUUGUAUUUAAACAUAAAGCAGCACAUAUCCAUAGGCCUAAUUUUACAUUUUCUUUUCCUACUUGUGCCAAAGCAAUACAGAAUGUUAGGAAAAGCACAUUCUCCCACCUAUUAUGCC